AAGAUCAACACAGUCUUAUCGGUUGUUGACGACGAGUCGUAUUUCUUGCUUCGCGUAGCAGUAUUAAUACGGAGCUGUGCUUGAACGGUUGUGUCUAACGAUCGUGUACUCGUAUAUUCAUCGUUCGAUAAAAUCUUCUAUUCAACAACAUGCUGAAUUUACCGUUCACUUUUCGAGGCUUAAUGGCUCCUGUAUUUACGCCAUUCACUUCUAACGGGGAGUUAAAAUUGGAUAUCGUACCAUCGUAUGCGAAUUAUUUAGCUGAAUAUGGAAUCAAGGGAAUUCUUGUUAAUGGAACGACUGGAGAAGGUACGUCGAUGAACUUACAAGAAAGGAAAACAGUUGCGGAAGCUUGGUCGCAAACUGUGAAAUUUACAAAUCAACAUUUGAUGGUUCAAAUAGGUGGUGCAUGCUUACCUGACGUGAUCGAAUUAGCCAAACACGCAGAAAGUAUAAAAGCAAAUUCUAUGCUUUGUUUACCCGAACUGUACUUCAAACCAAAUACGUUACAAGAAUUAAUCGAUUAUCUGAAAACAAUAGCUCAAGCGGCACCAAAUACACCCUUAUUGUAUUAUCAUAUACCAUCCUAUACAAAUGUUAACAUACACAUGGGACAAUUUUUAGAAUCUAUACGAGAUGAAAUUCCAUCGUUCGUAGGUAUUAAGUUUACGAGUACUGAUCUAGUAGAAGGUUCACAAGCAUUGCACAUUAACAAUAAUCAAUACGUAAUAUUUCUUGGUUGUGAUCAGCUCAUCUCAGCUGGUUGCGCAUUAGGAAUUAAUUGUUUUAUAGCUACGAGUAUAAAUGUAUUUCCAAAACUGGUAAAAGAAUUGAUCGAGGCGAAUAAUUCGGCGGAAUUGUUACUAGCUAAAAAAAAACAAGAAGCUUUAACGGAGGCCGUUAAUAUCGUAUCGAAAUAUGGUAAUUGGGUCCAAACGAUGAAACACGCUAUGAAGGUUAUUAGUAUGCUUCAAGUUGGACCACCGCGUAAUCCAUUGAAACAACUUCCGGAUAAAUCUUUGAAAUGGAUGGAAGAAGACUUGAAAAAUCUCAAAUAUAUAAAUUAAUUCGUUAAUAAUAUUUAAUAUAUGAAUAUUAAAAUGAAAAAAGGGAUAUUCCGAGAAUUUCGAUUGAUAUAUCUAUUUAUAUCUUAUCUUGUUUCUUAAAUAAUACGGGAGAGGAACCGUAUUCAUUGACCUAAUUUUAUAAUAUAUUAAAAAUAUAUAUUUUAAG